UAGCCUUCGCACGACUCAGCCCUGCUUUAUGGGAAAACACCACUCGCGGCGGUCAAACCCUUUAAAAGCUUCCACUGAGUGCUGUUAAAGAUUGUUCCACGCUCAAAAUAAGAAAUCAGACGUGAGUUCCAAUUUUUGAGGAACUUUUAACGCUAGAUCUAGCGGCAAGAGACAAGGCUUGGUUUAAGAUGUUUGACGAUUGCUCUCACAACGAUAUGCGCUCGUGGUUUGAGAGGCACAUUCAGCGCAUGGAGGAAGAUCUGCGCUCGCGAAAUUUGUACCAUUUACUAAAGGUGGAUCCACAGCGAAGACGGAGGGUCUUUGAGGAAAUGUUCAUGUCUACCCGCCCACGAUCGCAAUCUCCUCAAGAUGAUAUUAAAGUUCUUUGUGAACUCGCGACCAACAACGAGAACUUUGGCCCUGAAGAUAUUGAAGUCACACUCAAAGGUAGAGAGAUUAUUGUGCACGCUCGGAAAGAAAUCAACCUGGAAAACGGAUUUUCGUUACGCGAAGUGAAGAGAUCAUUCAAAAUCGCCGAAGGCUUCGAUCUCGAUAAAUUGUCAGCGCACCUCACCGAGUCCAAGAUUGUUAUUAAGGCUCCGAUGCUCAAAGAAGUGCCGGAGAAACGCACAGGCAAUGUUGAGAUCAAGGUGAGACGUAUCGAUGACGACAAUUUGGACUCUACAAAGCCUGGGAUCAAAAGAACCGAAGCUGUUAACAAUGAAGUGAAAAACUCGACCCAGAAUAAGGACGCGGAGGUGAAAUCCAUAGACAAAAACAUAGAUGUUGACGUAACGGGACAAAUCGAUACCCGCAAUACUCAGUCAUCUAAUGAGUUGGUGUUAACCAAAGACGUCGACCUGAGCGAACAAGUUGAGCUUGACAGGAGCUAUGAGACCGCAAAUCUUGAAGUAAGCAAACAGGAAAACAACGAAUACGUUUUCAAGCGGAGUGCCGAAAUUAAAUCACAUGGUAAGACCGAAUUGAAAAAUAUAGACUCUUAAUUUAAAUCGUCAUUUUGCCUUUUUCUUAUCGUAUAAUAGAAAUGUGUACAAAAUAUAAUUAAGUUGUUAUUAUAAUAAAGCCAAGUAUUUUCAUACGAAGCACUAUAUAACGGGCG